AUGCGUCUCUUCCUUUCUCUUGCACUUUUGCUUUCCUUGAGCAUCGACACUCUUGCAGCACCGACCUCCCUUCACCCCCAGCGAAGAAAACGAUCUUUUCAAGUUGAACGCGUUAAGCGCAACGACUAUGUUGCCCAUGGACCACACGCACUGCGCAAAGCGUACCGCAAAUUUGGCAUUGCAUCAACCAAUUUCACCGGCAUUGAGCUAGAUGACUUCGAACCAUUUGAAAUCAAGACUAGCGCUGUGUCCACAAACCAAAACUCGGCCACCACGGAGCCUGAUCAGACCGGCGCUGUCAGUGCGACAUCGGUACAAAGUGAUGUAGAGUUUGUGUCGCCGGUAACAAUUGGAGGUCAAACGAUCACGAUGGAUUUCGAUACUGGAUCUUCUGAUAUGUAUGCUUCCCCAAUAGAUAGUUUUGAGGAGCUUUUCCCAAUAUGGCCUGUUCUGUUGAAAAAGACUAACGCCGAUCAUAGGUGGGUGAUGAACACCGAGCUCCCAGAAUCAACAAUCCAAGGUCGCACAGUCUACGACCCAAGCAGCUCCACCACCUUUAAGAAAGUAAGCGGGGGCUCUUUCAAGAUCUCAUACGGUGAUUCGUCCUCUGCAUCUGGCGGACUGGGCAAAGAUACUGUCGACAUUGGCGGUGCAACGGUCACCGGCCAAACAUUCGGCCUUCCCACAUCUGUGUCAGAGUCUUUCAUCGAAGACACUUACUCCAACGGCCUCGUCGGCCUCGGCUUCUCAUCCAUCAACACCUUCGACCCUGGCCCCCAGAAGACCUUCUUUGACAACAUCGCCUCAGACCUGGAGGAGCCCGUCCUGACAGCCCGGCUCCGCAGCGACAGCGUUGGCGAGUAUGAAUUCGGCAAGAUCGAUGAAAGCAAGUACACUGGUACCCUCGUUAAUGUCACCGUUGACUCGUCCAAUGGAUUUUGGCAGUUCAAGGCUGGGUAUUACGCCGUCGGCUCCGGGGCUUUACAUGAAGUCACCGAUAUUCCUAAUGCCAUCGUCGACACGGGAACUUCGCUGAUGCUGGUCAGUCCCGAGGUUGCUGAGGCAUACUACAGCGAAGUUACAAGCGCCGCCUACUCCAGCAGCGUUGCGGGUUACAUCUAUCCUUGCGCGGCAGAUCUGCCCAGUCUGACUGUUGCGCUGGGCGACAAGUAUCAAGCUACCAUCCCAGGAUCACUCAUCAAUUUUGCAGAAGUUGGGACAAAUAAGACUACUGGUGACACGGUGUGCUAUGGUGGCAUCCAGUCAAACUCGGGUUCGAGUCUGCAAAUCUUCGGUGAUGUGUUCCUCAAAGCGCUGUUUGUGGUCUUCGAUCAACGUGGACCAUCUCUAGGUUUCGCGUCGCCGUCAUGA